GUCACCCUUAUGGGGAUAAUUCGGCACGCCGAGAAAGCACCGACCAACAUUCUCUACAAAGUGGAUGACAUGACGGCGGCCCCGAUGGACGUCAGGCAGUGGGUCGAUACUGAUGAGGCAGGUGGUGAGAAUGUUGUGGUACCUCCAGGAACUUACAUAAAAGUAGCUGGUCAUCUUCGGUCUUUCCAGAAUAAGAAAAGCUUGGUGGCGUUUAAGAUUAUGCCUGUGGAAAAUAUGAAUGAGUUCACCACACACAUACUAGAGAUUGUCAAUGCACACAUGAUCCUCCGAAAAAAUCUUAUGUCAGCAUCAAGAGCGCCUCAGUCGUUUUCCUCUGCUGGGAUCAGUGACAUGGGGGGCUAUGGAGGAGGUGGCAGCUUACCCGUGAACGGACUCACAGCACACCAGAGUCAGGUACUGAACUUGAUUAAAAACUGCCCUGUCCCAGAAGGUAUGAGUCUUCAAGAGUUGAAACUUCAGCUCCACAAUAUGAGCAUGUCAACGAUCAAGCAAGCCGUUGAAUUCCUUAGCAGCGAGGGACACAUCUACUCCACUGUGGAUGAUGAUCACUAUAAGUCAACGGAUGCUGAGUGAAGUUACUUCCAGCUGGAUUUAGUUCUAAGCAAAUGCUUGUCUGUGUAUCAAGUUAUCCUGCCGAGCUUUGCGACAUGGAAGGUGAUCUUUGCUCUUUCCAGCCUGUGAAAGUCCCAGUUCCUCUGUGGGUGCCUCCUUGGAAUUCAAGGACAAGCAGAAUGUGUAGGAUUCUGUUAACUGGACUCGAUUAUAUGCUGUGACCAUGUGACUAAAAGCAUAAACAGACAUGGAAA